CAUCAACACCAUGAACUGCUUCGGCGGUUUCGCGAACACUGCAGUCCACCUCAGUUCGGAGCCCAAGUCUGACGCUCACAUGCGCUGGCUUCCAGAUCUGGACUUUGCUGGGAACGUCACUUUCUUUGCAACGGUGGCCCAGUCCCGGAAAGUUUUCUGGGUGAGGCAUCCUGCGAGAAAAUUGCAAGUAAUCCUUGACGUCGCCUGAUCAUUAAUUACUCCUCAAUCUGCAAUAAAAACUUUCCUUCAGUUAUUGAAACUAAUUU